AUGCAGGCAGCUCUGCGCUAUUCUCCGGAGCCCCGCGCGGCUUCGCGCUGGGAUCGGGAGGGUGGCGCGGAGCUGCAGGAAGCCCUGGAGCGCAGGCAGCUCCGUGCCACCCUCCGCAGCCCCGCGCGGCUUCGCGCCGGGAUCUGGAGGGUGGCGCGGAGCUGCAAGAAGCCCUGGAGCGCAGGCAGCUCCGCGCCACCCUCCGGAGCCCCGCGCGGCUUCGCGCCGGGAUCGGGAGGGUGGCGCGGAGCUGCAGGAAGCCCUGGAGCGCAGGCAGCUCCGCGCCACCCUCCGGAGCCCCGCGCGGCUUCGCGCCGGGAUCCGGAGGGUGGCGCCGAGCUGCAGGAAGCCCUGGAGCGCCGGCAGCUCUGCGCUACUCUCCGGAGCCCCGCGCGGCUUCACGCCGGGAUCAGGAGGGUGGCGCGGAGCUGCAGGAAGCCCUGGAGCGCAGGCAGCUCCGCGCUACCCUACGGAGCCCCGCGCGGCUUCGCGCCGGGAUCGGGAGGGUGGCGCGGAGCUGCAGGAAGCCCGGGAAAGCCUGCAUUCGCUCCAUAGGACGCACACACAUUUCCCCUUCAUUUUUGGAGGGGAAAAAGUGCGUCCUAUAGAGCGAAAAAUACGGUACAUCACCCAAAUCAACCUACCAGCCCUAUAACAAUACCAAACUGAGGGUUCUUCCAGGUGAACCUGAUUGUGGAACAUUCUGAUUUGUUUCCCCGGGAGAUUGGAUGACAUUGACUAUUUACUGAGCAUUCAUCUUGAAUCAGUUUGCAGAGGGAUCCGAUGACAUUGCGUUAAAGCAAGUAUUAUCCUGCAUUUCCAUCACAUUUUCUUGGAAAAUCAGAUCUUUGGGGGAAGUAGGUUCGUUGUGCGAGAUUUCCAAGCAACUAUAAUUACCAGCCUGAAUUUGCCAAUAUGUGAUUGAAUCCCACCCCAAAAUAGUGACAGUCUGGAAGCGUCCUAACUCCAUAGAGAUGCAGUUUGGGGAAAUAACCAAACACAAAUAACCAAACAUCUAAUUAUGGUGUCCCACUUGUGCAACCGAUGUCUGCUUGUGCAAACCUGCAUGUCCAAAAAUCUGCUCUGGAAGGUCAGGGGACUAUCUGAAGUGGAUUGGGGCAAAAGCUGCAGAUGGAAAUCGAAGAAGGGGAAAUCUCAUCAUGUCCAGUGUUCUGAUGUUCAAAUUCCCCCAUAAAUCUUAACUCUUCUUGAUUAAUUUUUAAGCAUUAAAGGUAAGUGUGAAUAAUUAAAUAUUAUGAACAAUGAACUAUGAGUUAUCAGUUAAAUUAAACUGAAGUGGCAAAGCAUAUCGUUGCAGUUCAUAGAUUGGCAGUUGAUAGACUGUGUAUGUACUUAAAUAUGGCUUUAGCUAACCAUAUAAUUCUCAAUUUCAGUUUCCAGUUCCAAGUACUGUAGUCAGUCAUCUUUCAGAUAGCAGCUGGCUUUCUUCCAAACACUUGAUCAGCAAUACAUUAACAUUUUUACCCUAGAUAAUACAAAAUAUAUAUAUCCCUUCCCCCAGCAAACUGGGAUGUCAGGAAUAAGAGUUCUGCUUUGCCAUCAGCCUAUAUUGUAUUUUGUAUACAGUGGUACCACGGGUUAAGUACUUAAUUCGUUCCAGAGGUCCGUUCUUAACCUGAAACUGUUCUUAACCUGAAGCACCACUUUAGCUAAUAAGGCCUCCUCCUGCUGCUGCGCCGCCGGAGCACGAUUUCUGUUCUCAUCCUGAAGCAAAGUUCUUAACCCGAGGUACUAUUUCUGGGUUAGCGGAGUCUGUAACCUGAAGCGUAUAUAACCCGAGGUACCACUGUAUGUUUCAACACCACCCAUUGAUAAAUAUGAUAUGCAUCCCUAUAUGCAGCCAGAAAUAGGGGUGUUCAGAAGAAAGCUUUACCACUUGAUUCUGCUGGCUGUAUAAACUGGCCCUUAAUUGUACAGAGUGAAACUCUCAUUUGCAUACAUUCAUGUUAGACCAUGGAGAAUCCAUUCAGCUUGUAAGAAAAACAAAAUAAAGGCCUAUUGAUGUGAGCCAUAUAAAGUCUUGAACUGGAGAACCUACCAAAUUAGUGGUGAUUGAUAGAUGCUUUUGUAUGUCUAAAACUGAGGUGAGCCCCUGUGCUAGUUGGCUUUCUUCCAGGGAAUUCAAAUUUCCGCCUGCAAACAGUGACACAAUGCUUUAUUGAAUUAUUGGAUUUACAGUCAGUCACACUUCUAAGUAGACAUGCAUAUGAUUCCACGGUUAAUAACUUUAAAAAUCAGUGAUAUAGGCUGGACUCUAUCUCAUUUGCAUGAGUCUUCUAAACAUUUCUGUACAUGCAUCAUAUCGUCAGUAAUUUUCUCUUUUUAUUGCAUUAUUUCUUGCUAUUUUUUAGGGUGACACAGGAGAGUGUUAUAAGAAAGGUUUUAGGGUGCUCUUGGUUCAUAAUCAUGCUCAGGAGUCUUAUAGACCACAUGAGCAUGAAAAGGGGGGAAAUUGAAAUAUAGUUAUGUAUUAUGCUUAAGUUUCUUUUGGGUUUCUUGUCUACGAACCUCUUAAAAAAAAUUCCAACAACAGAGGAGGGUGUUAUAAAAAAAGAAACCUUUGGAAGCCUUGGGGCUCAUACAAAUCUCUCAUAUGGCUUUUGGAGUUUGGCCACACAUGUACUUGCUUGCAAGAACAAAAUGGUAUUACCUGCGUUUGGGCUCCACGGGAUGAAUAUUAAGUUGUGCUCCAUGAUUAUAAAAAUGACUGGAAGAGCCACAACCUCAUCCAUGCUUUUGAUUUCAUUUGGCAUGACUGAAUGGGCCAUAUUUGGCCACAUCUCGACUCAUACUGUUGACAUGCUGCUUUCCUAUCUGACAAAGAAUGUUGUUGACUUUACAGUAUUUGACAGUGAUUGAGUUCUUCUGAGACAGGUCUGUUGGUUCUGUUUUUAGGAAACCGGGUGGAAAAUAAGAUGUCAAGAACGCAUCUGUGUUGUUUGCACGGUGCUCAUGAUGAAGGAAUUCUUGUUUGCCAAGAAUGCAAAGAGUGAUAGAAAGGUCACACAUCCCUUGACAAAGCCAAUGGAAACUGGAAAUAAAGAAAAAAAGAGCAGUUAUUCUAUGUGUGUGUAGUGCUUUUUGUGACGGUAUUCAUUGUUAUGGAGUACUUUCACCUCCAUUUUUGGCUGCCCAGGCUAAUCACUUUGUGCUGGCACCCACAACACUUUUAUAAAGAUAGGAAUACUGGCACCUUUUUUAAAAACAAAAAGAAAGUGUUCUUUCUCACUGUGUGUGUGUAUCUAGCCACCACCUUGUUGAAUUAAAGACUAAUUCUGAAUGAAAUCUGACUGAUGUCCUAGGACUUUCACCCCACUAUUGCACAUGUAAGUAACCUGGAUAGUACACUGAGUGUUGUGCACCACUGUUGCUAUAGUGACAUACCGUGCAAGGCUGUCUUUCUGCUUCAAACAGCUUACUCCAUGAUUUGUAGGAAAAUGAGAUAACGGGACUUUAACAACAACAACAAUGUAGAUAGACAAUUUGAGAUUCCGGAUAGAACUGUUUUAUGGAGGGGCCCCUGUGUUACUGUGAUAAACCAGUCAUGUUGUAUUCGAGCUCCUACUGCUCAUGAUGCUAAGUGGGGAGCUGGACUUCUGCCUCCAGAGUCCUGCCUGAGUCCUUUCCCCUAAUGCUGUGGUUUCCAAUUGGUGGUCCGUGGACCCAAGGGGAUCCACACAGCCCACCUAGGGUGUCCAUGGCACCAUUCACAUAACCACAAUUACCAUGGAGGUAUUACAAUGUUCAAAAGUAGAGGGGUCCAUUGCUUGGCUUUUGAAAAACGGAGUCUGCAGUGCUUAGCUAAUUGGGAACCACUGCCCUAAUGUCUUGAAGUAAAGGGAAACUCAGUGAAGCAAACCAAUAGUGAAGGAAAUGUACUCUUCACCUGCUCAACAGUACCUACAUCUUUCUUUUUGCAAAACAAAUUGAGAUUUUUUUUUUCUAGUGUGCAUGGGAAACACUGAGAUUGAAUGAAAGUGCUCAUGCAUGGAUAAAUGUGCACAAAAGCACAUAUGAAAAAAGUGAAUCCAUGUGACCCAUGUGCACUUUGGUGCACCUAUGGGUGGGUAACCCUGACUUUCUGUCUUUGUAGAAUUGGAUUUGCUGUACUGCGGUUUGUUUUUGUUUUUAAAACGAUGGCCAAUCUGUUUCAGUGUUCUGUAAUAAAGCUGCCUUGUUACUAUUUAAUCAAUGGCAGGGUAUGGUGUUUUAAAAACAAACAAAUGUUUUCAGCAUAGCAUGACGCAGAAUAAUGAGUCACUACGCUCCUUCUGUCAGAGCCAGGCAAUGAACGCUGUGGGAAGGGAGGCUGGCGAAGCACGCCAUCAGUCUAUUUUUUAUUAAAAAAUACAAAUAAUAUUUCAAGGCGGCUUACAAAAACAUAUCCACCAAAAUGCAAAAUGCAGUAUAAUAAACUGGGAGCCAGCAGAUUAAACAGAUUUAAAAAAAAAAAACGAAACAAAAACACCACUUAUGGCAAUAAAUAAAUAAAUCCCCAAAUAAAACGGCGGGGGGCGGGGACCGGCGCGUUUUGUUUCCUGCAAUAUACAGCUGCUGUCGCGGAGGGUGGGAAACAACAUCCACUUUAGCCGCCGCUGGCUUCCUCUCGCUCGCCGCGCUGCAGAAGCCGGCAGCCGGGGAUUCCCUCCUCCCUCCAACUUGAAAAAGCAGCGCGCUCGUUGAGGGGAUUCCCCCUUUCGCCGCUCUCCGAACGUUCGGGAUUGUUCCGAGUGACGUCACGCGAGGGGGCCGCUGCUCGCGGGCUGGUGCGCCUUCAGCCGAAGCAGCGCCGCGCAAGCGAAGGUGUUGGGAGGAGGAGAAAGGUGGCGUUUCGGAGCGCGGGGGUUCCACGAAACCUCUCCUUUCGGGGGGCCCUUAAAACCUCCGCGCGCGUUCUGUCGUAUGUGUCUCGUCGUUGGAGUUCUCCGCUUCGCACAAUCUUCUCCCUCUCCCUCCCUCGCACAUGUACACAGUGUCGUAGAACGUCGGGCGCUCGCGCGCUCCCUCCCGCCCCCAACACAAGCCCAACCUCGUCUAGCUGCUCGUGGCGGCUGUUGGCGGCGAACUCUCGCGAGGCUUGGGCGCAGGGCAUCGCUGCUGCGGCUCGGAGCGGCGCCAUUUUGGGGCUGACUGACUGACUGGAGCGAGGAGUUGUGCGCGCGGCGGGGGAGAAGCGGCGGCAAAAAGGAGCUUUCAAAUCCGGGACCCCGCAGGAGCUGCUGUGCUUGGCCGGGACUUGGCUGGCAGGUUAGAGCCGCGGUACGCUGGCGCCGCCGCCGCCUCCUCCUUCCUCCAUGCCACCCCCUCGCCGGUCGGUCGGUCUGAGGGAAGAGGUGGCGGAGGAAACAAUGUUUGCGUGUGCGGAGCGUGGGGUUCCGGAGCCAGGCAGGCGAGCGGGCCCGUCCCCGGGGGAGAAGAGGCAGGAGAAGCGCGGCUCUGAGGCUCCGCGGCUGCGAAGGAUCCUCGGCCGGAGCGCGGCUCCCGUAGUUCGGUCUCUUCCCCCCGCCCCCCGGCCUGCAUCGAGCCCUGGGCAUGUGGCCUCUCCGUCCUUUCUCCGUCUCCCUUCCUCUUCCAAGCGGCGGGGGGGGGGGGGAAUAAACGGGACACCAGCUCUGUUGGGCCCCGGCUUGGUCGAGGGGUGGCAGUUGGAGGCAGCAGCUUCGAACCCCCUGCGGGCGGAUUGCGAGCGAGCGAGGGUGUAAAUAUGACAAUCUCCAGCGGGAGGACUCGUCCCCGACUUUACCUGGCCAUGAAAUGGGACGGGAGGAGGAGGAGGGAGAGCGAAACCUGGGCAGGAAACGCGUGCGCACUCCCGUAGGUUAGACGCUCUUCGCGCCCCUCCUACUUUCCUCGGGUCGCGGAUCCGAGAUUGCCACCUGGGGGGGGGGUCCUAUCGUGUGUUUACUCGGAAGUAAGCCCCGCGGCGCGGAGUGGGGACUUCUCCCGACUAACUAUGCCUAGGGGUUGCAGCUGCAAGUCCUCCCGUUUCACCGAUCUUCCUUUUGUUCGGUUGGUUCGCUGUAGCUUUAUCUUUAUUCUUUCUUUUCUUUUUUCUUUUUUGGUACGAAAUUGGGCCAAGGAACGUGCUUGGUGGGAGUUUUUAAUUCUUCCGGUUUUCUUCGCGCCUGCCUCCCAUGAUAGUACUCUUACGCCAACCGCCGUUUCACCCUGGCGUAGGACCUUCUCCCCUCCCCUUUUCGCUGCUGACUCUAGCAUAUGCUUCCAGCGCAAUCCGCGUGGAUUUCGUUGCAUGUCCUUAUUUGAAGGCUUCCUUGUUCACAAGUACAUGGUGUUCAUUAUUCUUAAGAGAGCAGAUUCAUAAUGUUGCAGAUUUCCGAGAUGUCUCGAGAAAGGAACAUUAAUUUCAGUAUGUCUUGUCUCUUUUUCCCAGCCUCCUACCCCACUUCUAGGUGAUCUGGAUUCUGAACAUGAGCUUGGAUAUUUUGCAACCUGUUGCCUCAGCUUGUGAAAAAAAGGUAGCUGGAUGCUGACCUGCAGAGUCUGCUUCGAUUGAAAGGGAAAACGUUGACUAAAAAGGGAAUUGGGAUUAUAACCUGUUCAGUUGCUUUUCCACUUCAAACACUUCUGAAGCCUGCAGAACCCGGUUUAUGAACUUUUGAGAUUCUUCUUCUGCUUCCCCUUAAAUUCAGGAUAUCAUCUUGGACUAUUUUUCCCCCAUAUGGAAUGGAUAAUUGUAUAAACUUCUUAAGUUCUGCAUGCUACUUUCAAGAACUGUUUUUGCUUUCUAGUUCAAACAUUUCAGUCAAAACAGAGAUUGACUUGAUUUGUCAACUAAGUCUAGAAGAUUAUAUUAAAUGUAGCUCCCAAUUUUUCUAAUAUUGAUGUAGAAUUUAUGGCAAAUAUUGCUUUCAUUUUUUAGGCAAUUUGGAAUUACUUUUUACAAUGAUGUCUGUUUCCUAAAUGAAGAGACAAAGAGCUUUAUUUUUCAUUUUUUAGUGGGGUUUUUUUGUAGUGUUCUGAAGAAGCAAUAUGGGAAUAUCCAGAUAGCUGCUGUGUGUGGAUGUCUGAAUCGACUCUUAGAAAUGAACUUCAUUUUGAAUGCAGACUUUGACUUCUCAGUUCUAUUCUUUAUGUCAUAAAAGGUGUAUUUAUUUCUUUUGGAACUGAUGUUUAUGAUAGUAAGAUAUAUGCGGAAUAGGAAAGUGAAGAAGUGUCAGAAGAUAAGACAGGCUGUUAAAACCAGACUUGUCUGACUUUUUUGAAAAUAACUUUUUGGAGUACCUUAAAUGUGAAGAAUGGGUAGCUGAUUUCCAAUAAUCAGCCCUUGUAUUGCAUAGCUACGGAUGUAGUAUCUUUAAGGAACUCGGAUCAUUACUGCAAGGGAAGCAAACUGGAAAACGCAAAUCACGGAGAGUUAAUGCCAAUCUGUGCAGUUCUCUUGGAUUUUGUAAGUAUUGCCUGAAACUACAAUUGUUACAAAUAUUAUUGUAAGUGAGGUAAACUGUUGAAGAUGUUCCUUUUUUGUUUUGCUUGUGUUAAUAUUUUUCUAUUAUCAAAAGUAUGAGAGGCAUUUUAACACACGAAAAUCUAUUUUAGCUAUAUCGGAACUUACUUGAAUUCUAAGGAAGUUUAUACUUAUUACUUAAAUUUGCAGUUUCAGCUGAUUCAUGACUACUUGAAAAUGAAUCUGAUUGAACUUAAAUGGACUUGCAUCCUAUUUAGGAUUUGAACCAUGUGCAGAAGUGAUCAUUAGGUCAGUGCCAGGCAUCUUGAUAGUGCUGUGAUGAUAGUUUUUUGGACCAGGAUUAAGCCUUAUUUGUCUUUCUCCUCUACACCCCCCCCACCUGAUUUUAGUACUAAUAUCUUAGUUUCAUGUAAGGUCUGAACCAGAAAACUGGUUAGCUUAAUCCAAGAUAGCUGUAUUAAAACUUGGCACAAGAGGAUUGCAACUAGCUACUAAAUAUAAAAUUGAUUGUGAGCUGUCUAGAUAGAAUUCUCAUUCUGUUUAGUCUCUUAUGUGUAUGUAUUAGAUAUAGUAGUUUUGGUAUAGAAACACUUCUGUGAACGUGGAAUGCUCUUCCCAGGGAGACCUGCCUGGUGCCCUCAUCUUAAGGCACCAGGCAAAAGCAUUCCCAUUCUCCCAGACCUUUGUUUAAUUAGACAGGCCUUUAUUUACCCUGCCUAUGGCCUUUUAAACUGUGUGUUUGAGUGGGAUUAUUGUUUUUAUUUGUUACUAUGGUAUCUAUGUAUGUACAUACUAUGGUAUGUAUGUUAUUAUGGUAUACGUUUAUAUGUUGUAAACUGCCCUGUGAUCCUUGGAUGAAGGGUGGUAUAGAAAUUAAAUAAAUAAUAAUAUGAUAGUCCAUAGCCACUUGGAACAAUUUUAGAUUAUUAAAAUGGAACCCUGAUCCUACUCAGAUCUUCACCUGAUAUCAAUAUUUUUUUUUUACAAGAGGAUACUGGCAUAUCCCGUCCCCCAGUGCAGAUAUGUGAUGCUUUGCUUCUUUUGCCUCUAAAUGCCCAUUAACCUUGUACACAAUUUGUUUUGAUAUUUUACAGAAAGCAUUUUUAAAGCCCUAGCUGCCAAUAUAUACAGUGGAAACUUGGUUGUCGAAUGCUUCGGAAGUCAAACGAUUCGGAAUGCUUCCGUUUUCGAACAUGCUUUGGAAGUCGUAUGGCUUCUGAGGCGUGUUUCCCCACUUUUUCAAUGGAUUUUGCCAACUGGCAAUUGUGCCUCAGUUGUCGAACCUUUUGGAAGUCAAAUGGUCUUCUGGAACGGAUUACGUUAGACAACUGAGGUUCCACUGUAUAUGAUUCUGAAAUGAUUUUGGUGCCACUUUCCAAAGAUGUUGUCUACCACAAAAAAUGAGGUGCAUUGGCUCCCAUGUUGGCCUGGUUAAUAGUAGGCCAUAAACUACAGCACUUGUGGUUCAUUUAACUCAAGAAGCCAAGGUUUGUUCUUUGCUUAUAGUUUCUAGUUUGUUUUGGAAAUGCUAAGCUUGGUUUGCUUCUUUAUAGUAUGCACAAGAAGAGAGGAGCAGGCACACUUGAUCCAUGUGUGCUAGCACACUACUUGUUUGUGGUGAGAUGUGGUUUGUUUUACACCAUGAUUUACUGCUAACAUUCAAACUGGCCAACAUCAACUUAAUAUUUUUGAUUAUUCGUUGUUAUAUUUCAUCUCCAGAAAAAGCACAUACAGAGAGUUGUUUAUGCCAAGCAACUGCUGGUGUCUGGUGAUGUAUAGCUGAGCAUUUGUUAAUUUUGUUGACAAGCCAGUGACAAUGGAAAAGAUACAACUCAUAAAUUAGAAGCAAUCCUCUUUAGAAGUUAGAGUGGAGAAACAGAAGAGAAAGUAAAACAGAAACUCAAUAUGCACAGGAGAAAUACUGGACUCGUAACAGGAGAGAAAAUAAAAUAGAAACCAAAAAUACCUAGCUGAAAUACUGGGCUUAUAGUAAAGUUGCAUAGUUCUUUAUCUAGUUGUAUAGUUAAAUAGUUCUUUACGCUAAGAUAAAGCCCAACUUGAAGAAGAAUUCACCCCCUUGAGCUGGGUUAGCCUAAAUAUUGCCCUCCUAUUAUUCCAGAUAAUUAGCCAUGCGGUCUUAGACUGGUAGCAGUUAUACUCCAGUGUUUGAGAGCUACCAUGUUGAAUAAUAUUUACCCCAGGGUCAAAUGAGCCUUUGCAGUACAGUAGGGUUGCAUCUUAUGCAGAGGUUUGGUUCCAGUGGUUCUGCAAAUAUCCAAACCCAAAUGGAUAGCAGAUGGGGAGGGUGGAGGAGAGAGAGAAAGAAUUCCUAGUACUCCUGGAGCCGGCACACUCAGCAGGCCUUGCUUAGCAGGCAAGGUGGAGUGCUUGAAAAUUAUUUUUGCUGGGUAACCCAAGUGGACCCGGCAUGAAAAGAACUUUUAAUCUCUUUUCUUUGCUUGGAUUUCACUUGCACUUAUGUGGUGUGUGGUUGAAAUCAACACAAGUUAAAUGUGCUUGAAAUGUGACUGUACUGUACUUUGCAGUGGCUUGUUACUAAACACACAUUUGAUAGUUUCAUUUUCCUGCUCAUUUCAAUUGGGAUAAAUUGGACCCCUGCUAUGUUAGGCAGUAAUCCUAGCCCCUCUUACUAGAACUAAGUACCAUGGAAUUCAGUAGAACUUGCUUCUGAGUAGACACAGGCUCAGACACUGUUAGUUGUUGUUUUUUUAAAACGAAGAUGCUGGAAUAUUGAAAUGGUAUAAGAGAACUUCCCUAAUAAUAUUUGAGGGGUGCAGAAAGCAAAGGCAUUCAAGAGCAUACUGCAAUUUAUGAAAUUGUUCAGGCAUGCUAAAAUAUAUAUUUCAAAAUACUUCAAACACCUGCUAGGGUCCACAGCAAUCCCACUGGCUUGGGAUUUAAAACACAUUUUUGCUAGUGUAUUUAUGCAGUAUGGCUGUGCUAAAGAUGUGAAACCCCUUUUGAUGAUGUUGGGUGCCUUAGUGCUUAUGCAGUAAUGGUGGCGGCUGGUCUGCACUAGACCAAGGGCUUGAUGUCACUCUAUACAUGAUAGGAUGGGCAAAAGGUUUUUCUAUACCAAAUAGGAUUGGUCUCUUACGCUUUAGUUUGGCUACAGAAUGUUCUGUUUUAGUUGGCUGUUUAGAUCCUCCGUUUUAAUUUCUUCUCCAGCAGAAUACUUGAGUCAACAGAGUAGAUUAACUACUUCUAAAUUUAUCUUGCUCUGUACUUUAUUAGAAGUAAAACUUGGAUAGCUUCAUUAGGGCAAUGAGAAUACAGUUGUGUUUAAUUAUAUUUUAAAUUUCCUGCAGGUUUAUUUUCAACAGAAUCCAGUGCUGCCUCAAAAAAUAUAUAAGAUGGACAAAACAACCUAG